UGCCGGCAGGGGGAGUAAGAGCAGAGCGCAGGAAGAAUAGUAAAUGACAUAAGACCGGAAGAAAGUGGAAGGAACACGCUGCUUCCAGCAGUGACUUGUGCAGGAAAGUUUGUAAUUGUCAGCGGGAGGGAACUGUCUGCGCUUGGAGAGUCGCAAAAAGACGCUGUCUGCAGCUUUGGUACAGGUUGCAUCUUGGAGCUGCCCACUGUCAUUAUGAGAUGUUGUCCUUAACUGCUUCGUUUGUGCAAAUUAAAUUUGACGACCUGCAGUUCUUUGAAAAUUGUGGCGGUGGAAGCUUUGGAAGUGUUUACCGAGCCAAAUGGCUAUCCCAAGACAAGGAGGUGGCUGUAAAAAAGCUACUCAAGAUAGAAAAGGAGGCAGAAAUACUGAGCAUGCUCAGUCACAGAAAUGUAAUCCAGUUUUAUGGAGCUGUACUUGAACCUCCGAAUUAUUGUAUUGUUACAGAAUAUGCUGCGUGUGGGUCACUGUACGACUACAUUAAUAGCACCAGAAGUGAAAACAUGGACAUGGAUCAUAUCAUGGCGUGGUCAAUGGAUGUAGCGAAAGGAAUGCAUUAUUUGCACAUGGAAGCUCCGAUACGAGUAAUACACAGAGACCUCAAAUCUCGAAAUGUUGUCAUAACGAUGGAUGGAAUAUUAAAAAUCUGUGAUUUUGGUGCAUCAAGAUUCCAUUCUCACACGACACAUAUGUCCCUUGUAGGGACCUUUCCUUGGAUGGCCCCGGAAGUAAUUCAGAGCCUUCCUGUGUCUGAAACAUGUGAUACAUAUUCAUACGGUGUGGUUCUCUGGGAAAUGUUAACAAGGGAGGUCCCCUUUAAAGGUUUGGAAGGAUUGCAAGUAGCCUGGCUUGUCGUCGAAAAAAACGAGAGGUUAACCAUUCCAAGUAGUUGUCCUCAAAGUUUUGCAGAGCUGAUGCACCAGUGCUGGGAAGCGGAUUCAAAGAAAAGACCUUCAUUCAAACAGAUCAUUUCAAACCUGGAGUCCAUGUCAAAUGACAGCAAACUUCCCGACCAAUGCAAUUCGUUCUUGCACAACAAAGCCGAGUGGAGAUGUGAAAUUGAGGAAACCUUAGAGAGGCUGAAGAGACUGGAGAGAGACUUGAGCUACAAAGAACAAGAGUUGAAAGAACGGGAGAAGCAUUUAAAAAUGUGGGAGAAGAAGCUGACCGAGCAGUCACACACGCCUCUGUUGCCUUCCUUUGAUAUCUGUGCGUGGACAGAAGAAGACGUGUACGUUUGGAUGCAGCAGCUGGUUAAAUCAGAUGAUGAAAAUAUGUACGCCUCACUGUUCAGACAGCACCACAUCACUGGCAAAAGGCUGCUUCUCUUAGAAGAAAGAGAUCUAAAGGACAUGGGGAUUGUCUCUAAGGGGCACAUCAUUCAUUUAAAGACAGCAAUAGAAAAAUUAACACACGAUUAUCUGAACCUUUUCCAUUUCCCUCCACUAAUAAAGGAUUUUGAGUCUGAAAAUGAUGAAGAAGAAAAGCUAGUAAAUCUAGAACUUGUUUUUGGAUAUCAUUUGAAAUCAGGCAGCUGCCCGGAGGACUAUAAAUGGAAGAUGUACAUGGAGUUAGACGGAGACGAAAUUGCUAUUACAUACAUAAAAGAUGUGACAUUCAAUAGAAACCAGCCAGAUGUAGAACCUCUGAAAAUGACAAAACCACCGUUUGUAAUGGAGAAGUGGAUUGUAGGAAUAAGAGAAAAUGAAACAGUUGAAUGUAUUGUUACUUACGAGAAUGAUGUCAGGACUCCUAAAAUAACCAAACACAUUCACAAGAUUCACUGGGACAAGAUGAAAAUGCAAGAUGCGGUGAAGUCUGUCCAACUAGCAAUAAUGUCACCCCUUCUAACUUCUGAAAGCAAGCAAAGCAACUAUGAGUCAAGUGUGGACUGUCAGUGGAUCUACACUUUGAGAAUGCGUCAGAUGGCCACUCCCACAUCACCUCAGCAUGCAGCAGGCCUACCUCGGUCUCAGUCCUCCAGCCUUUCAAACUUAUCUCAGAUUUUACCGUAUCUGCAGAACCAAGAAUCCUAUGCCGCCGCUGUAAGACGAAUUCGCGCCAGUCCAACUUUGCAAGUUACAUCAAUAAAUUAUUCACGCAGUUCCUCCCCAACACAGUUUGGUUUAGCUAAAAAUUUGUCUUCCUUGUCAAUCCAAAGCUCCAAAGGCAGCAGUGCUUCUAGUACAGCAUCUGAUAGUCCAUCAGAAAGAGAGCGAGCCCAUCGAACACCCAAUAAUUCCUCUUACCAACACAAUAGGCACAGCACACCCAUGCAGAGGAGAAGUGGUGGCAGAAGCCCUCAAAUGAAUAGUGGCAAAAAUUACAAGUCUUAUACUGUAACUUACAGUCAUUCAAGACCUUUUGAACAAAGACCUCAGAGAACGAACCAAAACAGAUAUAUUCCAGGGAUGCCAAAACUGGAAUCUGAUGCAGCUGUUAAUGGAGAAGAGAAAAACAAUAAUGAUGGUGGAUGGAUAAAGGUGGAUUAUUCCAAAAAGACUCAUAAGCAAACUACAACUAGCAAGUCACACAAAGACCGCUCCAAGUCUUUUGGACGUGGUCGGAGAUAAAAUUUAUUAUAUUGUAUAGAUUUAGGGCUAAUAUUUAUUUUUAUUACAAAGGGGAAUUUUAUAUGAUACAAAUAGUAUAAGAAAAAACAUAUCCAUUUUAUUUUUACUCGCACAGUGAAUGUUUUCUUAAUUAUUGAUAAAUGAAUGAAUAGUAAAUAACAUACUAUAUUUUAGUAUGUUUUUAGAAACUGUUUUUAUAUUAAAUGAAAUGGCACGCUAUUAUAUUUUAUAUAUAAAGGUAUUAAUUUAUGUGAAAGGGAAACUAAAGAACACUACUGUGUCUUUAAUGUUAGUGGAUUCUAUGAUGAAUGUACUUAGACAUAUAAUGUACCUGUUUGUGUAACUAAAACAGAAAUGCAGGAUACAGGUUGGCUGUGGAACAAACCCAGACCAAAGCUGGUUACUCGUGGGCAUGUUGACGAUAUUCAACCAAGCUGGCACAAAAUCUCACCAUGCUUUGGCACGAGACAAAGAUUAGGGAGGCCCUUCGGGGGCCCCAUACAUGGGCAAAUAAGCUCCUGAAUCGAUCUAAAGGCCACCUAUAGUGGAUGGAUAACAUACAGGCACAAAUUGGAGUGAACUAGGACAAGUGAAUAAAUACACACUAUGUUAUUAUAGUACUUUAA